CAUUGAACAAUGAGGUAGAAAUAGCCGAGAUGUGUUAAAGUGGUGUAUUUUGGUAAAUUUAUUUUUCUGCCUGGCAUUUCUCGGAAUUCCCUGGCUCCUGGACAGUAAGGAAGUCAUCAAGUGGUGACCAGUGGUAUCUCUUCGAGGCAGUUGUGAGGAAGAUAAUUGAACAAAAGUGUGGGAAGUGCGUGAAAAUUGGGAAGGAAAGGUUGCCCAUCAACAUGCCUUUCUUUGUGUAGUGCGAGGAAGAUUUUCUUGGGCUCUUUUUUUAUAUUUUGUGAUAUAUCAUUUGGUGGACGUGGAGGAGGCACAGACACAGGGGAUCCGUGUAGUCCUGCAAAAUGGCUGACUUCGAUGCCAUCUACGAGGAGGAGAUUAUCGAUGAGAAUCUGGAGGAUCAGCACAUCCUGGUCCCGGAACCAAUUGUGAUUCGCGGUGCUGGGAAUAUGACAGUAUUUGGCCUGAGUAAUCGCUUCAACAGUGAAUUCCCGUCCGGCCUUGUAUCCAGAGUUGCCCCGGAGGAGUUUAAAGCCACCAUCGGGCGCAUAAAUGCAGUCCUGAAGAAAACUCUCCCUAUGAAUGUGAAAUGGCUCUUCUGUGGCUGUAUGUGCUGCUGUUGUACACUCGGAUGCUCUCUCUGGCCUGUGAUAUGCCUCAGCAAGCGCACCCAGAACACACUGGACAAACUCCUAGAGUGGGAGAAUAGUCACUUGUACCAGAAACUCGGACUCCACUGGCGUCUCACGAAGCAGCAGUGCGACUCCAACUCAAUGAUGGAGUACGUCCUGCUAAUAGAGUUUAUACCCAAGAUACCCAUCUAUCGACCCGACUAACUCACGCAUCCCCAGCAGAGUGCAGGUAAGCACUUUGCAAUUAACUUUAUAUAUAGCACCUCCCUCCCACGCCCCCACCCCCCUCAAUAAAUUGGCCAUUUGCACACCGAAAUCACUGAUAAAAGAAUGAAAAAAAAUACCAAUUUAGUGAUAAGAGAGCAUAAAUGUAAAUAGAUGUUAUAAUGUUUAAGAAAAGAGAGAAAUAGAUGAGGGGAGAUUCAUUUGCGCCCAAUUGACAAUAGAUAGAAAAUCCUCCAGGAGCAAGUUACCCCGGAGGAUUGUAGAUUAUAUUGGAUAUGAGAUAAAGAGAAAAUCCCUCACACGUUGUGUGAAUGCCUUCUAAUGACACAAUAUAUAUUUAGAAAAAAAGAACAAUCUCACAAAAAAUGCAAAAUAUUAGUUGAAACGGUGCAUAUAAAAUUGAGGCAAAUUGGUUUAUUAGAGCAAUGAACUGUUGAAGGAUUGUUUUCUUUAUGAUAGAUCCUUGCUAAAACAAUUAAUUAUCUUCCAUCUGCAAUGAACAAAACAUAUCUCAGCAAGUGAUGGUCGGAUUUUGCAAAAUACUCACAUAUUUUCUUCUCAUGACAGCUUAUUUAUCAAAAUCGGAUUGAAAUUAUGAAAAUUUUGAAGAAAUUGAGUUUGGAUUCAAAGAAAAUUCAACAAAAAACGUUUAAAUGAUUUCAAUAAACUAAGCAGCUUUUCAAAAGCAAAAUAUGCAUUAUUGUAAGAAUAUUUAAACUUAUCAAAAUCGAAUGCCAGUGACGUAGAAAAGAUAGUUUAACUGGAUGUCUAAAUAAUCUAAAAUUUUUGGCAGUUCGGGUUUUUUGAGUCUUAAAAAAAUUAACAGAAUAAUAGUUACACGGAUAAAUUCAAAAAUUUUAUUUUUUAACGUUAGAAGAGGAACGCCAAACGUUAUAAAGAACCAGAAAAAGUUGGUAAAAAAAAUGUCUUGAAGAAACGUCAAACGUUAAAAGUACAUAAGAAUUAUCAAACGUUAGAAAAGAAAUGUCAAACAUUUUGACAUUUCAAACAUGAAUUAAUAAAAUAAAAAAAAAACAAUUUUGAUUUUUUUUAUUAUUAAUUUGAAAUAACUUAGAUUUUCUUAGCUUCUGGUUAUUUAAUUUAAGAGUUAAAUCUAUCAAGAAUAUUUUCUUUUCAAACUGUCAAAAUUUUGAAAAAAAAAACUAUCUAUUUUUGUAAAACAUGAAUAUUUUUGAUAGAACUGAUUGAUUUUAAUUGAAGCAAUGUUAACGAUUGAGGUAAGUAAAUUGAGAUUUUUUGUUCUGAAACAGUCAAUAAAAAGGUAGUCUUGGCGGUGAAAGCGGCUGAAAGCUUGAUGAUGAUUUUUAAAAAAUCGAAGCGUCGCUGAAAGCGCCAAGACGUUCGCCUUAUUGGCUAUUUCCGACAAAAAAAUCUCAAAUUUAUUACCAAAAAUUAAAUAUUCUGACGUAUCCAGUUUAAAAAAAUCAAUACCUCUCUUCCUGAAACAAAAAGGAAAUAAAGAAAUUGCAAAAAUGAGCUGUCGUUGAAAAUACAUUGACGUUAGCAAUAACGUCAUAUAAUUUUAUUACUUUGAAGAAAUAGUUAUGAUAUUUCGGAUUAAUUUCUUUUUGUUAUGAUAGAAAAAAAACCUACAAAGCAUCAUUGCUCAAUUUACCUUCCAAAACAUUUUUUUACGUGCACCGCUACAACUAGAAAAUUUUAUUGGGUCAACUCUAAAGUUCUCUGUGGAAAAGCUUCUUUUUUUCUCUCUCUUCCGUACUUAUUCAAAAAUAUUCAUUUACCUGAAGUUUCGCAAGAGUUUUUGGCGAAAAAUAAAUGUGAGAAAAUUCUCUGCAUUAAAAUUCCAUUGAAAACAAUAAAGAAUUGUAGCGCCCGACUCACUAUCCAGCGAAUAUUAACCUAGCUCAUAGAGUGAGUACCCUUAGAUUGGCGGUAACUGUAACGGCUGCCCUUCCCUCGGCAACGGCUUCUGCCCCCAGGUUACAAACCCUCAAAUAGGUGAGAGAGAGUACGAGAAUCCUCAAGAGAAUAUAGGAGAGCACUGAGAAAGCAAUUCGAUGGGAGAGUAGAAAAGAGUGCUGAUGAGAGUAGAGUCAGUCGGAGCUCAGCCUUGGGUAUGGCUGCAAGCAAGAAAAGUGCUCUGUAGUUUAGCUUGAGGACUACGAGGGUUGAGGUUACUAGGGGAGUUGACCAAAGCCCUGUGGCGCCCCCUACUCAGGGCGCCACAUAUCAGAAGUGGGAUGCGAAAUCCCGGUGAAAAAUAGACAGAAAAAGUGAUCGCGCGCGAGUGAGAAAAUGAACAUGGCGGCAAUGACGCCGCAGAAAAAGGGACAAAAAGUGACUGAAAAGUGAGUGAAAAGUGCCGUGGACUGCGAGGGACCCCCAUUGGAAGCACCCCAGAACCAGCAGGAGCCAUCGCGGAGCGUCUGCGGAGCAUCCGGAGGGGAGUUGCAGCGAAAUCGGCGGCAGCGGAGCACCGAAUUUGCGGAGGCAUCAAGGGCGUCGGAGUGAACGUGUCGCAACAUGUUCAGGGAGAUCGCCGGGCAGCAGAGGCGGAUUGGGUGAAAAUUUUCUAUGAAAAAUGUUAUGUAUUUGCAAUUCUGCGUGAAUGUGUGUGAAUGAGGGGUACCCCGAACAGUGCGGAAGGCGCGUAUGGCCUGAAAGAAUGCAUGAAAAUGUCCCGUGAGCGGGGAAAAUUCUUUUAUCUUUCCAGAAGAUUUCAUCAAGCAGCUGAAAAUCAUGAAAGUGAGUAAAUUCCCGUAUUUUGUGGGCAUUUUUGCAGCCAGUAGAGUAAGUGAGGAGAUAUUUUGGGCAAUAAAGGCUGCCCGAGGGUGAAAUAACGCGGUGAAAAGCGCCCCCAUAAAACUAUUUUCAUGACAUGAGUAAAGUUGCGCGGUGUUCUGCGGCACCGAAGAAAAAUGUCCCUCCAAAAUUUAAAUUAACCGCCGCGGUGUGAAAAUUCCCAAAAUUUCGUGACUUGGAAAAUAAUUAAGAAAAAUUCCUGGAAAAAUAUUGAAAGAAAUUUGCACGAAAAUUAUAAACCAAAAGUAGGGGAAACGCGGUUUGAAAGAUUUCCAAAACUUCGCGAGUUAAGAAAUUAAUUCAAGGAAAAUUCCAGAAGAAAAAAAAAAUUCAAUGAAAAUAGCGGUUGAAAACGUCACUUGGAAAGUAAUUAAACCCCCUUAAAAAUCCAGUAUAAAAAUCGCAGAGAUGAAAAAUGAUAAAGGCGCAGAAAUAAAAUUAGGAAAAUGUCCACAGAAAUAAAUGAAAUGUCCCAUGAAAUUUUGUGUUUAUCCCCUCGCGAGAUUUUCGGCGCAGUGUUCGAAAAAUUUUUUCGGCGAAAAGUCAACAGAGGCGCGGCGAUCAAGAAAUCUGUCAGUUUGUUUGGUUUGUAAAGAAAACACGCCAGUGUGAAGGAAAAUUGAAGGAAAAACAGUGAAAAAAAAAGUGAGGAAAAGCGAAAAUAGGUGAGAAAUUUAGAGCAGGAGGUGCUAUGGCUGACCGUGGUUGUGAGUGAGAAGGAAAAUGUGACGAAUUUGUGUGAUAUUUUUGCAGAAAUGGAUGAGGAGCGUCAGGAGGGGCAUGGAGCGAUGGAGAAGCUCCCGAUAGCAGCAUUCGGAGUGGAAGCACCCAUAGUAGCAGUGCCAGUAGUAGCAGCCCGAGCAGCCCCUACAGUAGCAGCACCCGUGGUAGAGACACUUGCGAUAGAAACACCUGUGAUAGAAACACCUGCGAAGGCAGUGCUUACUGCUGUGACGAUUGGCAAAGAAUUCAAGGCAGAAAAAGUGACGGGAUUGGCACUGAGAUUGCGGGAGGUUGAGAAGCUUGUGUCCCGUUCUGAAUCGAGCGAUAAAAGGACGUUAUCCGUUGUCGCAUGGUUGGACACCGAGAGUGGAAUCCUCCACCAAGGUGGCGUCCAGGAUGAGCAUGCGAUUCUAGUGGCGAGCAUGCGGUUGAAAGGAGCAGCUAAAUCAUGGUUCGAAGGGAUGAGACGCAACCUGCAUACGUGGGAAAUAAUUUGAGAAGCUUUUAAGGAACUCUUUCCGGGUGAGAUCGACAGCCAUUGGAAGCUGCGGGAAGGCAAGAAAUGGCGUAGUGAAUCCGCGGAGGAGAACUGUUACGGGAAAAUGGCUUUUACCCAAGAAAUCCAAUUGAACUUCAAGAUUCUCACAAGAUAUGCUGCAGCUGUAUUCAGGAUUCCAAUCUUACAUCAAUCUUGAGCACAUCCGGAGAUUGUCUUGACCAGCAACUGCUACGAAGCAUCUCAAGCUUUGGAUGGGUGGAGCAAUGAGAGUCACCGUGAAGAUUACAACAUAGUGGCCGUGAUGCUUAUUGGGAUGAACGACGAGAAAGGUGUCGUGAUUAUUGUCGUGGUGAGAGGUGCGAUUAUCGGUGUAGAAGAUUCCUUAUAGGUGUGAGGAACAGCAUUUGAGGAGCGAUAGGUUACGUUCAUGCUGUCGCGAUGAUUCGUGUUCUUGAUUUACAGGCAAAAUGGCAGAUGCGGGAGAUAAACGCAGAGCUGAUGUUCGCAGAGAAAAUAAAUGAUCCAAAAGUUGAAAAAUAUCAAUGUUUAUUUGUAUUGAUGCGGUCGCAGCGGAGAUUGGCGUGGCACGUGUCGUUCAGGAUGUCGCAGUUGUUGAGGAGAGUAUUAAUGUUUGUUGCACAGGUACGGUCGCAAUGGAGAUUAGCGUGAUAUGAGUCUUUCAGGGCGUCGCAGCUGUUGGAGAGUGUAUCAAUGUUCGCUUGCUUAGGUAUGGGCGCAAUCGAAUUGGCGUGACGCGAGUUUUUCAGGUCGUUGCAGUUGGUUGGUUGAUGCGCAUAUAGCCCUGGUUGUUGAGCGCCUUUAAAAGUUUCCCCAUAGUGAUGAUGAUGACGUUGCAGUUGGUGAAAAUAUAAAUGUUUCUUUGCGUAACUACGGGCGCAGUGGACGUUGGCGUAACCCGAGUGGCUCAGGGCGUCACAGUCGUUGAGGAAAAUAUCGAGGUUUGCUUGCGUAGGUACGGGUGCAAUGGAGGUCGGUGUAGCACCAGUCGUUCAGUUUGUCGCGGUUGUUAAGAUGAUCAGCGUAUGGGGGACACAAGGAGCGACAAUGGAGCAGGCAGAGAAGGGAUUCCAGUGUUGCAUCUGUCGCUCGGCUGAGGAUUUGAGUUGUGCUUGUCCCAAGGAUUUUGGCAGGAGGGCGUGAAUUGGUGAAUUGGAGGUUCUGCAAGGAGCGAAGGGUGAAGUGAUACGAUUCUAGGAGAGUGCAGGUAGAGAUCACAUCAAACGAAUUGCAAGUGAAGCUGCUGAGAUGCCUGAUGGAAAGAAGGAAAAUCCCGGAUUGAUGUUGAGGAUGAGCAUGUUUGGAGGCUCUUGCAUCACAGUAUGGCCACGGGAAAACCUAUUGUCUGAAAGGGUGGCAAAGUGGAAAGCGAGCCUCAGCAACAACACGUGCCUAGAUGAGCGGAAGCAGUUGAGGAGGAGGCUGUGAGCUGAAGCGUUGGAAAGGAUCUGAGGUGGUGAAGUACAUUGAUGAGUCAUGUGAAUGUCAAUGUAAGUGGAAGUGUUGUGGACGUGAACGACAGUAAGGAGCAGAGAAAAUCUCAGGAGCCCAGAUGAAACUUAAAGGUUGUUGAACACAGCAUCCACGGGGAAAUGUGAAAAAUGACGGUUGCUAAGUUGAAGAUGCCACGGAUGGAGAAGAAAGAAGACAAAGAUGGCAAAUGAAUGGAACAAGGUGUUAUUCGGUGGCAGCAGGAGCAAAGACAAGUAGCUCGAAGAAAAGAUGGUUGCGAGAGUGUCAUGCACGCAGGUUGGUGAUGGUCAGCACGGAAGGAAGUCUCACGUGAGGAAAAACUGUGGUUGAAUGAGAAAAUGAAAAGAAGUGUGCAGAAGGAAGACAAACGGGUGGUCAAGAAACAAUGAGAGGGGACUUUCAUAAACUAGAAGACCUGAAGGAUGCCAUGGUAGAUUUGCAGAGCUGAUAGUGGACCAAAGGUAGCAACGACUGUGAAGCGAGAAAACGGCGCUGGCGUACACGCGAUGGUGAAUGAACCUCAAAGUUGUGUCAGUGUCACUGUCGUGGCUUCACUGGUGGGACAGAUGUGCAGCAGUUCGGAGGUUGAAAAUGCGAGUUGAAACGUCUGUGAUGAGGAAAUCGCUGCCAAUAAGGAUGUGUGCAAAGUCUUGGAGAAGGACUUGAAAUUCGGAGAUGAUGCGACCAGUGAGAGGCAAACGACAGUGGAGGCCGUGUUGAAUAAACACGGGGCGGUAGUGUUGAGUCCUAUGGCAGUAGAUGCAUUCAAUGAACACCGUGAGACGGUUGCAUUAAGUGCUACGGAGUUUGGAGUUGCCAGGAUUGGUUCCAUGUCAACUAAAUUGGAGGAGAACAAGAUCAUCAUGCGGCUGCCCUGUAGGGCCCCAAUUCCUUAUUUCAAGCAUGUCAAAGAUGGACUGAUGUUUCCGGAGGUUUAUGAAGGAUGGUACGAAUAUCUCCCAGCCGUUGAUAAUGCAGAAGAGGACAAAGAUGCUGUGGCAGUGAGAAACUAAAAAGGAGGAGUCUUACAGAAUUCAAGGAAGCAGUGAUCUUCCAGCCAGUGUGGAAGCUUAUCGUGGGAGAGAUUCAUGCUUUCAUGAGGUGCAAGGUGUUGAGAGCAGUGAUUGCAGCUAUGGUGAGGAAGGCUAUCCAGGUGUUCGAGGAGAUGGUGCAGUUUUUCAGAUAUCUCGGCGUGUUUGCGAGUGGCAAGCAACAUUGUUCGCGGUAAACCGGUUCCGGUAGUUGGGUGAGGCCAAUGGUAUCCACCAUUCCCCAGGGCAGGAGAUGUUUGAGUGGUACAUCUCGCGACUGUUCACAGGUACCAGUUGGAGUGGGUAAGCGUUGUGAAAUUCCAGGUUAUCUGCUAGAUUCUGACGAAGAACAAGAAGGUAAAAGAGUAGCAGACGAUGAAUAAUGCAGGUGAAUGAAGUUUGAAUAAAUUUUGCAGUUAUUAUCUCAUUCUUGCUUAUGAGUCGACUUGAAGAAGUCUUAUGCGGUAGUAUAAUGCAGAUUCAUUUAGGCCCCAAAUUGUUGGUGUUGAUGAGGGCAGUUGGGCGUGAGACCCACAACAUGAGAGAGAAGAGGCCCGUCUCUGAGAUGGUGAGGUAUGACUUGAAAUAAUCGUUGAUUCUUUAGCAGGUUGCAGAUAUAAGCGGCAAAGCAAGAAGUAGAACACCCAAAGUGAAUGGCCCAGACGACUGAAGAUCUCCCGUCGUGAGCACGGUGUGUUUUGAGAUCCAAUGUGCCCGUGAGUGGCAGAAUACGAGGCAGCAUGAAAGAAAGCAGAUCGAAUGACAACCCUGGCCGCAGUAAGAACGCAGUAAACCAGUAAGCAGCAGUACAACGAAGCAGUUUAGAGGCGCCAAAGAAUACACAACACACAUGAAGGUCUGUUGUGCGGCAGAUACCCACCAAGGGGUAAGCGUGCCGUAGUCGAGAGAAGAUAAGUCGUCGAGGGGCCAACACCGCUGAUUGAACGCAAGCGCCAUGAAAGAAUACACAACACACGUGAAGGUCUGUUGUGCGGCAGAUACCCACCAAGGGGUAAGCGUGCCGUAGUCGUCGAGGGGCCAUGAGACAACUCACAACACACAUGAAGGUCUGUUGUGCGGCAGAUACCCACGAAGGGGUAAGCGUGCCGUUAAAGAAAGCAGUCAGCCGCAGAAAACGAAUAUUACGAGAACGUCAUGCAGCAGACACCAAUCGACUGGCAGCUACAAAGAGUAUUCCACGACAGCGAGAUCUGCGGACAACACGGCGAAUCAUACUCAUGUGCGGAACGUUCCGUUAGUGUUAGCACAUGAGCAGUCCUCACGUCUUGGGUAUGGGAGUAGUUGCGGAAAAUGGCCAGUAAAUUCGGGGUUGGUAUUACGCGUAGUUUAAUCCUGACAUUGUAAAUUAAUGCGGUAAAAUGAUUUCCUUGAAAUAUCACUUGCAGCCGUCGGGGACGACGGCAGUGUCAGGAACGGCCGAAUGUAGCGCCCGACUCACUAUCCAGCGAAUAUUAACCUAGCUCAUAGAGUGAGUACCCUUAGAUUGGCGGUAACUGUAACGGCUGCCCUUCCCUCGGCAACGGCUUCUGCCCCCAGGUUACAAACCCUCAAAUAGGUGAGAGAGAGUACGAGAAUCCUCAAGAGAAUAUAGGAGAGCACUGAGAAAGCAAUUCGAUGGGAGAGUAGAAAAGAGUGCUGAUGAGAGUAGAGUCAGUCGGAGCUCAGCCUUGGGUAUGGCUGCAAGCAAGAAAAGUGCUCUGUAGUUUAGCUUGAGGACUACGAGGGUUGAGGUUACUAGGGGAGUUGACCAAAGCCCUGUGGCGCCCCCUACUCAGGGCGCCACAGAAUAUUUAUUGAGGAGUUAAAAAUAAAAAUUCAUCAAUGAUUGAGAGGAGAGAUGAACGAACUUGCAGAUUGACCCAAUAUUUAAAAAUUAUUCUAUUUCCUCUUUAAUCAUUUCAUUAUCACACAACACACACGCUAAUUGAUUGUUCUGCAGAUGCUGUUUUUGACAAAAUAAAAGAGUAUUCUCCCACAAUUUUUGGCUGAUAAAAAGAGCCCCACAGAUGAGCGGGGUCAAUGGUAGAAAAAUUUUCGAUACACAUCAUUAACCAGAAAGAUUGUGAAUUAAUUUUCGGGUAAAUUUGUUUGCGGCAGGAACACCAAUUUGGUGUGAGAACUAUAGAAUUUUUUUUCUGUGGAAUUAGUGUUAAUUGCUAAAGAUGAGUAGAGCGAGGAAUAAAAAAAAGAAGUGAAAUUAUAUUAGUUGAGCUGUGGAACGAGCUAUGGAGAUUUUUAGUUGAUAAGGUUAAAUGAGAAGAAUUGUUAAAAUAUACAAUAAAAAUAUCAUUUUACAUUAGUUUACUGAUUGAGGCUGACUAAUCGCUAAAUCAAAGCAUUAUAAUUGAUAGAGAGUAAUGAUUAAACAGAUUAUUACGUGAAUUUUGUAAAAUUAUAAUUUUUACUUUUUUUUCAUUUUCUAUUAAAAUUGUAAAACUGAUUUAGUUUAAUGUCGUUGCACUAGAAUCGUUCUUUUUUUUAUAAAUGUAGAAAAAACAAACAAAAACAAGGAAGAAAGCACAAUGUAGCAUGAAAAACAAAAUGAGAAUUUCUGUUGAAAGAAGACUCGUAUGUUAGAUGACACAUCCAGUGGAAUAUGUUUCCUUUUUUAAUAUGAUUUAAAAAGUUUUAAUAAGAAAGAAGAAUCUGAAAUAUCAUUUUUUUAUAAAUUAUAAAUUAAAUUUACAAAUUAAUUUUAUCUAUAGUUAAUUAAUUAAAUCAUGGUACAAUUACUCUACAUAAAAAAACAUUAUAGUGAGUGAGUAAUUUUUUUUAUUGUAUUUUAGAAUUUGUUGAACUGAAAGUUCUUUCUUCUUUUUUUAUUUUACUCUUGAAGGACGAAGAAAAAAAGCAACGGAAGUGAAAGAAAAGAAUGGGAGAAAAAAAAGAGAAGAAAAUGUGAGAAAAAUAAUUGCCUUUACACAAAUAAAAUCCCAUAAAACACACCGAUAUGGACUAUACAAACUAAUGAAUAAAACAAAGAAAAUGUAAAAUAAAAAUAUGUUACAAAAGUUAAUUCUGAAUGAGAGAACGAGUACAAGAUAAAAUGUGCGAGGAAUUGAGAGGAGAGAAAGACGAAAAGGUAAUAAAACAAAUGUUUGCAUGAUUUUUCGUGAUCGGGAAGAAUGUGAAAAAAAAUGAUUGUUAGUAAGAGGAGAGAAAAAGUGAGAAAUUGUGUAAAAAUUGCGCAUUUUAUAUUAAUUAUGCAAUUAUCACUUAAUAAAUGUAAUAAUGAGAUAAAAA